AGGUCAAUGGUAGAAUGGUCAACGUGCCAACGAGGAUCAUCAUCGUACAAGACUAGAAGCCCGAAGUUCCAUACCGUAGAAUCACAAAAUUAUAUCAGCGUGAACCCAGUCGUACUAUUGCGCGUUCAAGAAUUGCGAAUAUCAUAUAGAAGUAGGCGGUUUUUACGUUAAAGCAUUGCACAAAGUCAGAUGCAAAAAAGCCAUUCGUUGCAUGCAAAAGGGCGAUGAAAGUUGACGAUCUGCAUUUUUAGCUGACACGGAAAAAAACUUCUGAGCAGGAAAUUCAAAUUGCAAAGUUAGAUCUCGCGUCCCCCUGGAAAGAGACCUACUUGCUACAGAAAAAGAUCCUCAUCCUUCCAAUCAAUACCAAAGUUUUUUUGCUCUGCAAUUGUAAACAGCACCUACUGCGGGAUAAAGUAAAUACAGUAGUUGGUUUCAUUCCAAGAUAGAAGUAGGACAGAACAACUAGUAGAGUAUAUCUACUACAUCUAUCCCAUUUGCGUCAGUUCGACACCAGUUCCGCCUCUAGGAGCGCAAAAGAAAAUAACAGUAGUUCUUUGUCCCCGUACAACUUUUUGCAACCCCUGAAUGGAGCCUUCAAAUCCGUUCUCGGAUAACAACUACGGAGGACAGAAGGGAGGAGGUAAACGCAAAGGCAAAAACGGCAAAAGCCCCAACUACGGAAUGGGGGCCCCAGGAACCGCAACCUCGCAGCACGACAACACGAAGAAGGUGUUCGUGGGUGGCCUCGGCCCGCACACCACCAAUGAGUCGCUGCGCUCCUUCUUCACGCAGUUUGGCAAUGUCAUCGACUGCAACGUCAUGGAGUACUUGAUAUCACCUCUUAAUAUUUUCUCAUAAUUUUCGUAGAUUAAUAGCUUGGGUACAAGAACUUUUGCGGAAAUGAAAUAAGUAAUUGAAAAAAUCAAUGAAAGGCGAUAAAGAAGGUUGAAUUUGAUUGCUCUCGAACAAGUUCAUACACUACAAAAAAACCUCUACCAGAUCCAUCGAUCAGUACACCGGGCACCGGCGCACGCGCGGUUUUGGGUUCGUCGUUUUCUCUAUGCAUUGCAAAUAUGUCUGGGUCUGGAAGCUUGGAACCUGUGUUGCUGUCUUUGGAUUCAUCUGAAAAAAUCUGUAUUGCAUGAGCAGCAAAGGGAACGCCAUUUCGUCUACGCGGAGAGGGCAUUUGCCCUCGAAAAUUCUGUGACGCUAUGGCACGCAUCACAGACAUCAUGGCGCAUGCAAAACGUGCGUGACAAGUCUCAGAACCUUCCAGACCCAGACAUAUUUGCAUUUGAUAUUCUCAACGGAGGAGGAACUAGAGGCGGCCUGCAUCACCCGACACGUGGAUAUCGACGGGAAGGCCUGCGAGGUGAAACGCAUCGACGAACACAAGUCUUCCAACGAGGGCAAGGCGGACAUCGAGCAGCGCAAAAUCUUCUGCGGAGGUCUGGCAGAGACCGUCGACUCGGUAUUAUACUAGUCUAUUACACUGAUACAUGGAUAAGGUGCAGGAGCAGGGCACAGUUCUUGUGAUGUUGUUAUUCCCUUUCAUGUUGAAUCAUCAGUUUGUUCAUCCAGUGCAUGUGCAAGAUGUAUUUUGUACCGUAGUUCUGAUACAUCAAAGUCAAAAUUUUUUUAUGCGGAUUGUCUUACUUCUUUCACAGACCAAGUUGGACGAGUUUUUCCGGCAGAUCGACCCGAAUCUGAUGGAGGCGCGGGUGAUGUUCGAUCCCUCCAAGGGUAUGUCCCGGUGCUUCGGGUAUGUGACGUUCUCCGACAAGAUGUUCGUCGACAAAGCGGUCAUGAACAAGGAGAACAACCAGAUCGACGGAAAGUGGUUCGACUGCAAGCCCACCGCGGGAGCGGCCUACGCGCAAGGUGGAAAGAACGCCAACAAGGGCAAAAACAAGGGCGGCGGCGGCGGCGGCUGGGGAAACGACAACUGGGGCGGGAACAACAACUGGGGCAACAACAAUUGGGGAAACAACAACAAGGGUGGCGGCAAGGGAAAGGGCAAGGGCGGCAAGGGCAAAUACAAUAACAACAAAGGCGGCGGCGGGUAUUGAUAGAAUUCGAUUUUUGUCAUGGGCAAGACACUACGACUAUACGCACAUUUUUCCAUUAUUUUCAAGGUGCAUCUUGUUAGGACUAUGUGCUUUUCAUUGUUCUCACUCGGUGUACUAAGUAGACAUGCUCACAAAAAUCAAGCAGAAUUCUAUUGCAAUAUAUAAAACUACACAAAUAAAAUCACAACAGCUGGGGCAAGAACAACCGAAACAACUACGAUAAUGGUGGCGGGAACUUUGGCGGGCAGGACAAUUACUACGUGGAUCCGAACUCCUACAACCAGGCGGGCGGCAUGCAGAUGCAAAAUGGAGGACUGGACAUGGCCAGUGGCAUGAUGGCCGCACCACAGAUGGGAUUCGCAAGCUUUGCCGACCAGCAGCAAGCAGCGGCUGCUUACGCGGCGUACGGAACGCAGCCGGGGACUCCAGGUACGUUCAAUUUACAUCUGCAUAAAGCACGAGAAGACGGAGAGGAAAUCCAGAAAAAGUAA